ACAAGAAACGAUAUCAGAAACGAUAUUAGAAAUAAUACAAGAAAAUGCAUAGUGUCAUACAGCCUUAAGGCAAAGAGAAUGAUGAUGAAAAUAAGUUUCUGAUUCCAUCCACAGAUGUACGCUGCAAUUAUAUUUUUGACAGUUGACAAAGACAAAGUAGACACAAAAUAGACAGUUGACAAAGACAAAAAAAUUUUUGCUGUUUUCAAUUUUCAACAGCUCAAAUUGUACUGUAAUUUAUAUUAAAAUUUAAUAUUUAAUACCUUCUUAAAACUUACAAAUCAUCCAUAAAAUGACUGACAAAGCCAAACUGGAUCUUGGAGUUUUGGAAGAGGAUGACGAAUUCGAAGAGUUUCCCGUCGAGGAUUGGUCCGGCAAAGAAAAGGACGAACAGGAUAUUAGUGUAUGGGAGGAUAACUGGGAAGACGAUAACGUUGAAGACGAUUUCAACAAACAGUUAAGAGCCCAACUCGAGAAACAGAAAGCAAAGCCUCCAGCAAAAUAGAAUUUAUAAGUGAUCUAAUUCCAUCUAAAAUGUAUAUUUAUCUCUAAUUAAUGUGUUUGUAAUAAAAUAAUAAAAAUUUG